AUGCUGUCGAGACAAGUCCUCCGCGCCUUCCGUGCGUCAGCCCCGGUCGCCAGGCCGCUCGCCGCUCGCCGCACCUACGCUGCCGCCGCGUCCUCGUCCGAGAUUGUCACGCCUCCCAUCUCCGUCUUCGGUAUCGACGGCACCUACGCCACGGCCCUGGUACGAUUGCCCGCUCUCCUCUUGCUGUCCGAAACUCGGUGCGGCCCCGGCUGCUCAGAUCAAUUGGGGCCCCGAAGCCGCGCCGCCGCAACCUGCGCUGCAAGCGCUUCAUACCCUCCCCCAAGACGACGACGAAAGAGAGUAGAACCAGCCAUUCUCAAGAAGGACGAGAAGCUCGUCGCCAUCCUCGACGCUCCCACCCUCAGCGCCGACGACAAGUCGGCCAUUGUCGCCGAGCUCAAGAAGCAGGCCGGCGGUGCCAACGACACCGUUAGCAACUUCCUCGCCGCCCUCGCCGAGAACAACCGCCUCGGCAUCCUGCCCGGCGUCUGCGAGAAGUUUGCCGAGCUCAUCGCCGCCGCCAAGGGCGAGGUUGAGCUGAUUGUCACCUCUGCUCAGGUCAACCCCGAGAUUGUCGGCGGUCUCAUCGUCGAGGUCGGCGACCGCACCAUCGAUCUCAGCGUCUCCUCCAAGAUCGCCAAGAUGAACAAGCUCCUCACGGACAACCUGUAA